UUGUACUGCAACAACACCUGUUUAUUACAAGAUAACAGCGAAAGUUUCAGAACUAAACUUAGGACUGACGACGACCCAACUCCAUUACAGUCGCUGCGAUUGUUAUUGGGCCACAACCCUCCAAUGCCAUUGUAUAGAAUUUGGUUGGAAUUAUUUACUACUGUCCUUUUCUUAAGAAUACACUUGGCCGGGGCAUUGGCUGGCUUGGGUGGAUAAAAACAGCCUGCCGCCUUAAAAUGUAUCUGGCGAAUUGCAGAAGCUGUUACCGCCAUCUGUUUCCGUAUAAAAACAAAAUCAUGGGCUGUUAUUGGAAAGCGCCUUACACAGCCGAACCUGAACAGGAUACCUAGGACCAGUAGCUGAAAGACUUCUUCGCACUCUCCAACCUCACCUCAACAACCAAGUUUACAGCUACAACAUAAUAAAAUGAGUACUUUGCCAGUACUUAAUAUAUCAAGCAUAAUUUUCCGUUAUUCUGGCCUUGUCGGAAAUCUCAUAGCUAUCUCUUCAGCAGCCCGUGUUCCGCCAGGAAGUCCCCCCUUGCGGUAUAUAUACGAUCAACUCCUUGCGAUCCAGUCGGAACUACAAGAUGGCCUCCUUUCUUUACAGGAGGAAAGAGCCCUAUCGGCUGACAGAAACUUUACUACGAUACUAAAAUGCGCGAGAGCGUGUGCAAGGGACUGUGGUACUCUUCUUAAGGCUGCCAAGACAAAUCUCGAGAGAGAGACUCAAAAUAGGCAAGGGGGGCAGUUCCUGCAGUUAGUUGAUCAGCUGUUCGUGCCUUCAUAUUUUGGGAAUCUUCAAGGCUCGAUCAAUGAGUAUACUCGACCAAGUACUCGCCACUUGGCGAACAACAUCAUAUGCCAUGUGCAUGACCAAUUGAGAGACAUUGAAAACCGGUUCGGCAUUUCUCUGGGAUGCAAUGCUUUUGAAGAGCUCCAAAGGUCCACAGGCCUUGUUGACGCUCAACUCGGCCAAAUUCCUUGCGGAACAGAGGCUUGGGAUGAAGUCUGUGACAGACUGCAACACAUAUUGUUCAAACUUCACCACCUACAGACAGCAGUCCCACUGUUAUGCGCCCUCAACCAUAGCGACAGAUCACUUCGCCAGAGUAGGAUCUCGACAGCUCUUGAGGGAACGUUCUCCUGGGUCUUUCAAGAACAAACAGACGAUGCCAUCAAUGCUCAAUCCUCGUUGCGUCGCUGGCUCACUUCAGAUCAGAGCCUUUUUUGGGUCACAGGCAAAUCAUGUUCAGGGAAAUCGACAUUGAUGAAAUUUGUUUCCGAACAUCAGGAUACCCGGACCUUACUGCAGAAAUGGGCUGGGCAUAGGGAGCUAUUGAUCGUCAAUCACUACUUUGAUGCUAUGGGUCUACCAAUCCAGAGAUCAUUUGAGGGACUUCUGAGAUCCCUCGUAUUUGGAAUUCUUAGUGCAAAGCCAAGUCUCUUGAAGAUUUCGCCGUCGAGUCUUGUUUCAGCAUCGAGCGCUCUGCCAGCAACUUUCAAAUUCGGACAUAUAUUCAGCUCCAUAACGAAGAAUGCUGUUCCAGUCAAUAUGUGUUUCUUUAUCGAUGAGCUGGACGAGUAUGAGGGAGAUCAUGCAAAGCUUUGUCAACUGAUAGAAGAUGUGGCGGCCCUCUCCUAUGUCAAAAUCAUUGUUUCCAGCAGACCACGGGGUACAUUUGAGGAUUCAUUCGGUAGUUCUACUGAAACCACACUAUCUCUGGAAGAGGCCAAUCGAGGUGAUAUCAACAGAUAUAUCAAAUUUCAUUUGGAGGGAAGCCCUUUGCAAAAGAAUAAGGACUGUUCGAAGUAUAAGGAUCUUGAUCUUGAGUCCCUCAGUGCUCAAGCACAGGGGGACUUCCUCUGGGCUGUUUUGGUAACUCGUUUUCUCCUUGAUGAUCCGUCUCCUUUGGUUGAUGCCUACAACGGAGCAGAAAAUGCUGAAGACAUCCCCCACAACUUAUCAGGCCUAGUAAAGACUGUGGCACAAUCCUCGAACUUACAGUGUUAUGGAAAAGCUGCUGAGUAUCUGACAGUCGCUCGCGAAGCAAAACGAUGCCUAGCUGCCGAAAUUCUCUUCUUUCACAACCUCGACUUUGCCAAUGAUAUGUACGCCUUUAUGACACCAACGGACCUUUUAUCGCCCCAUGACGAAGAAACAAAAGAACUACAUCACCAGAUUCGUCGCGACAUCAUGCAGACAUGUAGAGGACUGCUGGAAGUUGUCGAUGGCCAAGUUGUCUUCGUGCAUCGAGCUGUUUUGGAAUUGAUACAUUCUGAAGAGUUUUGUAACUUUUUACUCACAAAGGUUCGGAAAGGGUUCGAUUCUGAUCUCUCAGUCUUCAAAGCAUCCGUUUCUUGGUUCAAGCGCAAACGUUUCAGGAGCGGCGAAUUCGUCGACUUACAGCCCGAGCCUGCAGCGGUCAGUUUAACAUAUGUACAGAGCCUUUCAAAGUUUCAUAAGAAAUUAGGGAGUACCUUGCCGGAUUUUCAGGAUACAUUCAAUCACCCAGUCGACGUUUACUGGAUGACAAAGGCUGUCAACAUCCGAGGAGGCUUUUACAACGUAUGUAAGCACGAAAGAUGGCUGGAUGUUAUCAAAGACUUGGGAUAUAGCGACGAUACUGCAGUAUCAGUUUCAGACCCACUCAAGAAGCUGUAUAAGCGAUGGCUUCAUCCAUACGAAGAGCACCUGCACCGAAAGAAGCUAGAAGAACACGACCCUAUGAAAGAUAUUGAAGACCUUGUUGGGAGCUUGAGGAAGUGUCUUGAAUACGCACGACGUUGCGAUCAAAAGGAAAAUACUGUCGCCACGACUUGGGCACUCCUUGACAACGUUGAAGAAAGUCUGUUGUCCAUGACCGCGAGGAAUCAAUUCAACAUAUCGGAUGUAUCUAUGGCAAGGGGCAUUUACCGUCAUCUUGUGAUUGAAUCCGGUAUCCAGAGAUACAUCGCGAACAAACUCUGGGUUGAUCCAGGAUAUUGUGAUAACAAAUAUUCACAGAAGUACCGAUCACCUCUGUGUUCUGCGCUUGGAGCGGCACCACAUAACCUUCAUCCUGCGCAUCUAAGUCCAGAGUCUAUGGAUAGAUCACUCUUCAAAUCUCUUCUUGCUCUUGGGCAUGAGCCAAAUAAGUUUCACCAUACAGGGGAGACACCCUGGGUGUCUUUUGUGAAUACCCAUAUUCCUAACACAUUGUCUAAUUCACCCCCGGGGUUCAACAAGAUAAACAUCAAUUUGAUAAAUGAGAUAUCUAUUCUCAUGCUUGAACAUGGGGCCAGGCCAGGGGAUCAUGUCGAACUUCUAGACAAGAAAUCGAGGACGUGGAAAGUUCCAAUUUGGUUCAAGUUCCUUAUGCUGGCCCAUUGGGUACCGGCUUUUCAACAAGCCACGUUCGAACGUGUUUUCAGCAUGAUGUUGGAGAGAACCCCAGGUAUUCCAGAUUCCAGAGCUUUACUGGAACUCAAAUCUGAUGGCGAAACAUAUGAAUGGAUUCCUUUUCCAUUAUGGGCAAUCUGUGCUGACAAUUUUGCACUACCUAACAUCUCAGAUUCUAGCCCAUCUGAUGCUGGGUUUGUAUUCAGGAUAUUUUUAGGAAGCUGUGAAAAGAAUCUGAAUAACUUGGAAGUAUCUGAAAGGUCUCGAGAAUAUCUUUCGAGUUACUUCCUUCCAGACUACCCGGAGCUUGGAAGACAAAUACUGAUGCUCAUUCCCGGAAGUGACUCUAGGACGAUAGGUUUCACAACAAUCACCUCGGUCACGCGGGACGGAAACACAGAGAGCAUUAGUGGUCGAAAUUCUACGGUUGCGACUUCAAUUGAGCUUCCAGAAGGUAUCGAAGUUGAAUCUCGUAAAGAAGGUGCAGUGUGCAAUGGUGCGAGAGCAGAGGUGGAUGCAAUCAUUGACGAAGUUGGCUCGAUUCAGUCAAUUGACGAGGACAUUCAGUCACACAACAGCAGCAUUGCACGAACUCCAGGUAUCAUCGCCGCUGAGCGCCAAAUUGGUGACUUGCUUUCCCGGCAUCCGGAUCUCCGCUUCAUCAUUGAUGUAUCCUCAGAACUUAUGCCAAAGGAGAGGCUCGAGCGCAAUAUUCGGAGAUCACUCAAGCAUUUGUAUCUGAAACUCAGAGAACAGACGGAAAAGCACAUCGAAAUCCAGGUUUUGACAACUCGAAUGCUUAAAGGGCGAGGUUCAAGGACUAGAAUCUCAAGAAGAACUGUCGAUGGCGAGUUAGCAUCCCCAUCUCCAAGGAAUAGCAACGAGGAAGACGAAGAAAUCCGGCCGAGCUUCCGGAAGGAUCGAGCUUAUCUCAACAAUUGGAUAUUAAAAACGGAACUGUCUGCGAGACCAGAUGAAAAGCCUCAGCAGCCAGCAGAUGCGGCUGAUGAUACCAAGCUGACAGAAAGUGACGACGACAUGUGUGAAGAAAGAGAGAGUGAUUCAGAAGAAUUCCAAGCAGUUCAAGUCGCAGAAGAAUUUCUCAUGAAGGGUCCUCCUUUUCAGGCGUUCUUGGCACAUCUUGGACUCUCAUUAUUACCUGAUACUCUCAGACAGGCCAUGCAAUUAGCUGCCUGGGAUACCAUUGAACUUAUCGAUACUCCGGCUGAAGUUUCAAUUUCUGAUCAAAUCAAAACUUCCGUGGAGAAGCUGACCGGCAGCCCCUGGGAUUGGUGGCCACUCAAACCGCCGGAGGUACCUUUGCGAAGGGGCUAUGUACGAAUGAACUGGGCUUGCGUGAGUUACUACGAGUAUAAGACACUUUCUAUGUAACCUCCUGACUAGAAAUAGCAUUGCGGUAAGCCGUUUUGGGUACAUAUUACUUCUUCUCAAGCACAAAUUAUUGAGAGAAUGGUCAAGAACCCCACCACGUUCGCUGAAGACCAUUGCAAGGCCACCCAUGCCAGGCGAAAUACCUUCCAGAGGGUCACGGCAUGGUUCAAAUGGAACUCUGGAACCCUUUUGCCUGUUUCGACUCCAGUAUCCCAAGAUAGUCAACAACCGUCUGGUGUGGGCGGCAAUAACCGAAUCCAACAGGGGGUCGCUACUACAGAGCAGAACAACAUCCCGCCAGUGACUAUCGAUGAUUUAAGGAUCUUAUUUGGAGUACCCAUGGGGCUUAAGACGCUACAUGUGAUCCCAAUCCCGGUCAAUCAACCAGACAGCAACGUUUUUCCACAAUUGAAGGCUGAGUAUAGAAGAAUGCGAGGCCGAUGGAGAGCUUGGUUCUCUUUCUGGCAGCUCAGUCACUGCAAUUUCGUUAAGUUUGAGAGCAUUGCCCGUAACAUUGUUGUUGCUUGUGGCCAAGAUCUGCCAAAAGCGAGCGACCUGGACUACGAUUAUACACCAAAGCCACCUCAAGCAUCAAUACCACCUGUUCAUCCACAUAUCUUCGAAGUUGCAUUCAACAGCUGCACUGGGGGUAAAUGCCGAAACCCCUCUCCCUUUCACGACUGCUAUGAAUUUGAAGAAACGACCUACAUAAAGCGAAUUCCGAAGAAAAAGACACCACUUUCUCCGGGAGCGAUUGACAUGCCUAUUUGGGGGCUCGAGGCCCGGCAUUGCAUCUCGUGCUUUCACGUCAUAAUAUACCACUUGCUUAUUCUGGUUCCUCCUUUUGUGUUGUGGGGAUGGUGGAUGAGUAGGCAUCCCGAUGACAUACAGAGCGCAUCUGUUCCCAUGACUGUUGUUUUGGCAAUGAUUUCUAUGUUUUGGAGUGCUACUGGAAUUAUGAAGCAAUUUCGUGGCGAGCCAUAGUUCUAUGGGUGGGUGAAUCUGAAGAUCUAUGCUGAACUUAUGACUUACGAAUAUGAAAACACGGCUGCUGAUGAUGAUGGAACUGUUUUAUAUAAGAGAUCUACAGAGCAUAAAGGACCCUGCUCUUUAACAGAACGGGAGAAUAGAAAUUUAUUGCAUGCUAUGUUCGA